CUGCGAUGGAAACCUUUUGAGAUUCCAAAAGCUCCCCAGAAGAAGACGGAUUUUGUGAGCGGUCUGUAUACCUUGUGUGGUGCUGGUGAGCCCAGAGGACGCAACGGCAUCGCUGUCCAUAUUUAUGUCUGCAACACCUCCAUGAUCGACAGAUGCCUUUAUAAUUCAGACGGUGACUUCCUGAUUGUGCCCCAGCAAGGAAAACUGCUCAUCACAACUGAGUUUGGGAAGAUGCUAGUGGAACCCAAUGAAAUCUGUGUCAUCCAGCAAGGAAUGCGUUUCAGUGUGGAGGUGUUUGGAGAGACCAGAGGCUACAUCCUGGAGGUGUAUGGGGCACACUUCGAGCUGCCUGACCUGGGACCCAUUGGAGCCAAUGGCCUGGCCAACCCACGUGACUUCUUGGUGCCCGUUGCGUGGUACGAGGACCGCCAAGUGCCAGGGGGCUACACUGUGAUUAGCAAAUACCAGGGCAAGCUGUUUGCAGCCCAGCAGGAUUUCUCCCCCUUCAAUGUUGUAGCUUGGCAUGGGAACUACACGCCGUACAAAUAUCAUCUGGAGAAAUUCAUGGUCAUUAAUGCUGUUGCUUUUGACCACGCAGAUCCUUCUAUCUUCACUGUCCUGACAGCCAAGACGACCCGUGCGGGAGUGGCACUCGCUGACUUUGUCAUAUUCCCCCCACGAUGGGGGGUAGCUAACAACACCUUCCGUCCACCAUACUACCACCGGAACUGCAUGAGUGAGUUCAUGGGGCUCAUCAAAGGCCACUAUGAAGCAAAGGAGGAAGGCUUCCAGCCUGGAGGUGGCAGCUUGCACAGCAUGAUGACCCCUCACGGGCCGGACGCUGACUGCUUUGAGAAGGCCAGCAAAGCCAAGCUGGAGCCAGAGAGGGUUGCAGACGGGACCAUGGCCUUCAUGUUUGAAUCAUCCCUCAGCCUUGCUGUCACCAAAUGGGGCCUCCAGACCUCCAACCGCCUAGAUAAAAACUACUACAAGUGCUGGGAACCUCUGAAAAGCCAUUUCAACCCCAAAUGCAAGUAAAGAGAAGUGCUUGUUGCUUGCAAUACAUGAGUGAAGGCAGAGAAAUCCAGCGUACC